GGUUACACCCGUACUUCCUGUGUACGAGAGUCUUAUGAGUUUGUUUGAAGAGUUUUUUUGCCCUAACUUUGCUAUAAAUAUUCUAGAAACGCUGUUAAACGACUAAAGAAUAUAAAGAGUAAUUAUUUAAAUCAAUGUAAUAAUUUAUUUUUUAUUUCUACUUUCUGUAGAGUUACCAUCAAGAUUCAUCCUCUUCUGUUCGGUUCUUUUUAAUUCGAUAUGGCCGACGACGCAGUCAUUCCCGUGGAUGUUGAUUUUCUCUAUAAAGAACGAGAGGCAGGAAAAAGAAGGGUAAAACCUGUAGCAGCAAAGUAUACUCAACUGUUUGCGAAUCUAGAGAAUGAUGAAAGUGAUGUCGAAUUUGAAUGUCCCGAUUCAAAUUCAGCCUAUACAGAUAGUUCUGAGGACGGUAGACCAACAACUUCUGCUGAAUCGAGUGACGAAGAAAUAACGAAUACACCUAUUGAAAAUAAUGUCUCCUUAGAAAAUGAAGAAUUUUUCGAUAUGAAUUUAACUCCAAUUAUGAAUAGUUUAAAAAUUUGUAGCGUUUGUUUAAAAACGGAUAAUUCAGAUGAAAAUGAAAUCAUACAAUGCGAUAAUUGCGCUAUUCAGGUUCACGAAAUGUGCUAUGGUGUUCCUGAUACUUCUAGUUUAGACUCUGAUGCUUCGUCAGCCUCUACUGAGCCUUGGUUUUGCGAUGCUUGUAAGGCGGGGGUCGAACCGCAUUGUGAACUAUGUCCAAAUGAAUUUGGAAUAUUUAAGAAAGCAGAAAAUGGAAAAUUAGUACACUUAAUAUGUGCUUUUUACGUUAAAGGUGUACAAUUUCGAAAUACUGACACGUUCAGUCCAGUCGUUCUGAGUGGAGUACAAAAUUCUAGAUUUGGUGCCAGAAAUUGCGGUUUAUGCGAAGAUAAAAGACUAGCUAGAUCCGGUAUUUGCGUAACUUGCGAAGCAGGUAUGUGUAAGAGAAGCUAUCACGUGACCUGUGCUCAAAGAGAGGGUCUGUUGUUGGAAGAUAAUUCCGUAAACGAUUCAAAGCACGAUCCAUUUUACCUAUACUGUUUUCAACACAAUAAAAACGAAGAUAGAUACUCUCAAAAGAAGAACUUUACGUUAUCGCUGACUUUGUUAAAAUCAGAUAAGAAAAAACUAAUUGAAGUUGAUGAAAAUUCAAAACAGAGAAUGAUUAAGUACCUUCAAGCCCAUCGCGAAAAAUUUGAUAGUGAUGAAAAAAUUCGUCUUGAUUUAGACAGAGAAAGUUAUAAAUUAGAGAAUAGUAAAAGCGCACCAAAGGGGAGUCGUUCUGUCACAACAUGUCCUUACGCUGUAAAAAUGUUACUCAAAAAGGCUAGGGCAUCUGGAUGGGAAACUUCAGGUAAUGAAUUGCGUGAAGCGAACGCUCCUAAACAACUUUCCGUAACGCCAGCCUUAACGGGACACUUUGCUUCUUACUUCUUCGAUAGAGAAACGGUUAUAGCUAAUUUAAAGAGUGAUAAAACAAAAAAUGAGAAGAAAUGUCUUCGCUUGGAGAAGGAGGUUACCCGUUUAGAAGGUGAAAGAGAGGAAUUAAAACUUAUUAAAGAGCAAAUUAUAAACGAUUUAGUAAAUAUUAAAAACAAUGGAUAUAUGCUAUACUCCUGCCUCCAGAAAUUGCAACCGCAAAUACAUAUACCCUACUACCUUCAGCCAACGAUUGCCGCACCUAGGAUUACAAAUGGAAGUCCUUCAAAGAAGCUGGGUGUACAUUCAAAAAUAUCUGCUUAUGCUGACGAAGUUAGUCCAAAAAAAGGUAGACCUCAAAAGGAUUCAAAGAUCUCGUACGAUGAGUGUCGAGUUUGCAAGAAGAAGGCAAACAAGCCCAGUAGUGUUAAAUGCGAUAGGUGUCUUUAUAUUUAUCAUUUAAAAUGUUUAGAUCCGCCAUUGAAAAGAUCUCCUAAACAACCUGGAUACGGUUGGCAUUGUACUCACUGCGAUUCUUCUGAUAGUGAAGAGGAAAAUGAAAAUUCCAGGAAAAAAAGAAAAGUAACAAUGAGAGCUUCAAAAUAUCCUAGUGAUGACUUUGUAACGUGUCUAUGGGGAGAGGACGAUUAG